CGUCUCGAUUGGGUACCCGCGUACACUCUCCAGUGCCCCAGGGAGCUGAGGGGGCGGAUCCCGACUCCAGCCCGGGGACCUGUGGGGGGGGGCCGAGACGCGCGGUCCGGAGCGGGAAUCGCCACUGAGAGCCGGGGCCUGCAGGGGCGGGGCGUCUUGGGCGCCCGGGAUUGGCGUGUCAGGAGCCGCCUCCCGUCGUGCACCGGGGCGCUGGCAACUCACCCGGAAGAAGAAGCCGCGGUCUGGCUAUAUGGUGGGGCGCGGGCGGUGUCGCUGUUGGGACCUGGCGCUGUUCUCAGAUGUCUUCUUCCAAUGGGCUUUUGGUGUAGGAUGUUGGAGAAUCAAGAACAGGAGGAGGUGAUCACAGUGCGUGUCCAGGACCCCCGAGUGCAGAAUGAGGGCUCCUGGAACUCUUAUGUGGAUUAUAAGAUAUUCCUUCAUACUAACAGCAAGGCCUUUACUGCUAAGACCUCCUGUGUACGGCGCCGCUACCGUGAGUUUGUGUGGCUGAGGAAGCAGCUUCAGAAAAAUGCUGGUUUGGUGCCUGUACCUGAACUUCCUGGGAAGUCACCCUUCUUUGGCAGCUCAGAUGAGUUCAUUGAGAAGAGACGACAAGGCCUGCAGCACUUCCUGGAAAAGGUCCUGCAGAGUGUGGUUCUCCUGUCAGACAGCCAGUUGCACCUCUUCCUGCAAAGCCAGCUCUCUGUGCCUGAGAUAGAAGCCUGCGUCCAGGGCCGGAGCGCCAUGACUGUUUCCGAUGCCAUCCUUCGCUAUGCGAUGUCAAACUGUGGCUGGGCCCAGGAAGAGAGGCCGGGCUCCUCCCACCUGGCGAAGGGAGACCAGCCGAAGAGUUGCUGCUUUCUUCCGAGAUCAGGCAGAAGGAACUCUCCCUCACCACCUCCCAGUGAAGAAAAGGACUGUUUGGAAGUGUGGGCUCCAGUAGUUGACUCUGAGGUUCCUUCCUUGGAAGGUCCCACACUCCCAGCCCUCUCCUCACUGUCAUGCUGUGAUUCUGCAAGACCUGAUGAGGGAACCUCCACUCCUCUGUCUGUGAGGAGGGACAUGGGAGGGGACCAUGCUGUACCUUUGGACCCUGGUCAGUGAGAAAUAGUUUUGGAAAAGUGAGCGCCUGCUUUGAGCUCUGUGUUCUACUCUGGGGCAGACAGAGAGGAUGCAGGGCAGGAGACUUACUCAGGUGGGAAUGGGCAUGGGGCAGGUACGGGGGAGGCUAGGCUGCUAAUGUCUUAUGAUCACCUCUGCUCGGGUUGGCUGCACAGAGGUUGGUCAUGCCACCCCCUCAAGCCUCCUCCAUAGGAAUAAACACUGCGCGGGUGUUUAUAAAUUAGACAUAAGGCCCAGGGGCUGUUGAUUUUGAACAGAAUCCUAUAUUUACUCUCUAGGGAGCUGAGUUUCUUCGGGCAGUUUGUUUAUAGGCCCAAGAGCACCUCCUCAGGUGACUGGUUUUGGGGGCCUGAAGGUGGCAGAGUCUAAACUGCCAUACUGAAUUUCAUCACAGCAGGAAUGCUAAUGUAGUUAUGUCCCUGUCUUGGCUGGCUUCUGUUUUUGCUGUGGCUCCUGGAGCACUCUGGCUCCGGGAGGCUGGCCUCUAGCCUACCUCCUGGCAUGGACAGGGUGGGGAAUAUUUCCUCUCCUGCCUCUUGCUUUUUCCUCCAUUAACACCACUGAAUGGAGCCAGUGCUGUGAGUCCCUUCGCUGAGGUUUCUGGCACAUCUCGAGACCUAGGCCUGGCUAGUGGAGCCUGAGACCCGCGUAACAGCUCAUGGCCCUCCGAGAGAGAGAACAAGUUGGCCACAGCCAGAGGGAAGGGCAGCAGCUCCGGCCCUUUUGUUUUGGGAGAUGCUGUCUGGGACUGUCACUGCCACUUCUGGUUAUGAAGCAGAGACGUGGCUGUCUUUGCUGCAGGGUUGGAGAGGGCUUCUUUCUUUUUGGAAUCCUUCUUUAGUAAUGACUCCAUUCCCCUAGGACUUUAGCCUCCACAGUGUCCCUCUGCUGUGUUGCGGGGAGGCCAUGUGUUCAGUCCAGUGGGGCGUAAGAGCUUUGUUUCUGCUUGGAGGAGAAGGCUCUGGGGUGGAGAGAGGAGCAACAUGCCCUCCUUCACACUGUGAGGCGUUCUGCCCUCCUGCUGCCGUUCUUCCUCUCCACUGAGAGCCAGGGCUGCUAGGAGCCAGCAGCGGGCAUUCCGCGUUGCUCGGCUCUGAAGUUCAUGUGUGGUUCUUCCUUCUCGCCCACUCCUCCCUCCUCUGGCCAUCCCACCCCGUCUGUGGGCUCUUUUACUAUCAGCCUAUGCCGUGGGACUGUCAUGGCAUUUAGUUCAGAGUUGAGGGGCUUUGGCCUGAAAUAAAGUGCAAGUAUUUAAGACUGUUGUUGCAAUUUGUGUCUAACAAGCUGUAGCAGAGAAGGAGGGAGUGAGGGCUGGCAGUCGUUCUUUCAUAAAUCAUGAAUUUAUCAGCGUGGAAAUAAUGGUUGGGAACCAUGCUCUCCAGCCUCCUGCAUUGUGUGUGCGGCUCAAGUUCACCACUGAGGAAGGAUUGUCUUCCAGAGAGCCGGCAUCCAGCUCUUCUCACAGUUCUGGGCAUGAACCUUGUUAGGUGUAAUUUACCUGAUGCUGCUUCCAUCCUCGCAGCCUGUCUGAGGUGCCAGGUGCUGAAAGAGAAAUAAAGUUUGUCAACAGGCAGA